AACCCGGAUUCUCCACAAAAACAAACUUAACUCGCCAGGUGUACAUUUACACGGCAGUGUCGUCUGGCAGCAGCUGAGGACCAGUAUGGACGACAUGCGUUGGAUGUUGACAGACUUCAGAAAGCGAGCGAACCGCACAGCAAGAGCAGCGUGUUUUUGAAAGUUGAAAAUGGAAGUAAUCAACUUUGACGACAACCCCACGUGCACUCAUAAUCACAAACCACUCGACUCUGUGUAUGAACCUGCUAAAACCGUGCUAAUUCAUGCACCGGAGGAAGUGAAUUUGUUGGACAAACUUGACGGAUAUUACAGAUUUGUAAAAUCGACUGUACUGAACUAUCAGAAUGCUGCAACAGGUCUUUUUCCCACAAAAACAGUCGGCAAAUGCGAUCACGCAAAAGUUCGAGAUUGCCUUUAUUGUGCUGCCGGUAUUUGGGCAGUUGCACUUGCUUACAGGCGCAUUGAUGAUGAUAAGGGAAGGACUCAUGAGUUGGAAUACUCUGCUAUAAAAUGCAUGCGUGGAAUUCUUUACUGCUACAUGCGUCAAGCCAAUAAGGUGGAAAGUUUCAAAAAACACCCAAGUCCAUCAAACUGCUUGCAUUCUGUGUUCAAUGUCCAUACAGGUGAUGAACUGUUACCUUACGACAACUAUGGUCAUCUUCAGAUUGAUGCUGUAUCUUUGUUCUUGCUGUACUUGGUCGAGAUGAUUUCCUCAGGAUUACAGAUUAUCUACAAUACAGAUGAGGUAUCUUUCAUUCAAAAUCUUGUAUUCUGUGUGGAAAGAAGCUACCGUAGACCAGAUUUUGGUAUGUGGGAAAGAGGAAGCAAAUACAACAAUGGGAGCACUGAGCUGCACUCAAGUUCAGUUGGUAUGGCCAAAUCAGCUUUGGAGGCAAUCAAUGGAUUUAAUCUCUUUGGAAACCAGGGUUGUUCUUGGUCUGUCAUUUUUGUUGAUUUUGAUGCUCACAAUCGGAACAGACAAACACUUUGUUCACUCCUUCCACGAGAAUCUCGGUCUCAUAAUACAGAUGCUGCCCUACUGCCAUGUAUAAGUUACCCUGCAUUUGCAGUGGAAGAUGACGCCUUGUUUGAGCAAACUAUGGAGAAGGUUGUUCGCAAACUGAGAGGAACCUACGGAAUGAAACGCUUCUUAAGAGAUGGAUACAGAACGAGAUUAGAGGACCAUUCACGCCGAUAUUACAAACCAGCUGAAAUUAAGCUGUUUGAUGGCAUUGAAUGUGAAUUUCCUCUGUUUUACAUUUAUUUAAUAAUUGAUGGGGUAUUUAGAGAUAAUACUGAACAAGUGAAUGAAUACAUGCACCUUCUGGAGCCAUUGCUGCAUCAUUCUUAUGACGGCUUUGCUAAAGUUCCAAAGUACUACUAUGUGCCGGCUGACUUUAUUGAAUCAGAAAAGGAGUCACCGGGCAGCCAAAAGCGUUUCCCUAACACCUCGGCUCAAGAAGGAAACCUCUUCUUGUGGGGACAGGCUUUGUAUAUCAUCGCUAAGUUGCUUGUGGAUGAACUAAUCAGCCCAAAAGAGCUGGAUCCUUGCAAGCGGUACAUCCCUCCAAAGGAGCAGAGGAAUAUAAGCAUGAGAUAUUCCAACCAGGGUCUUUCAGAAAACGAUGUGGUAGUUCAUGUCUCCCUGAUUGCUGAAAGCCAGCGACUUCAAGUAUUCCUCAACACAUUUGGAAUACAGACACAGACACCUCAGCAAGUGGAGCCUAUCCAAAUAUGGCCUCAACAGGAGCUUGUGAAGGCUUACCUCUAUCUGGGUGUAAAUAAAAAACUUAAUUUGUCUGGAAGACCCAACAGACCUAUUGGAUGUAUUGGAACAUCAAAGCUUUACAGAAUUCUAGGAAAAACAAUUGUUUGCUAUCCCAUUGUUUUUGAUUUGAGUGACUUUUACAUGGCUCAAGACGUCAUGCUGCUGAUUGAUGACAUAAAGAAUUUACUGCUGUUUAUUAAGCAAUAUUGGAAGAUGAAUCGCCGACCACUAUUCCUCGUUCUAAUCCGUGAAGACAACAUCAAGGGGAGUCGACUCAAUCCUAUUUUGGACAUGUUGGCAGCUUUUAAAAAUGGCAUGGUUGGGGGAGUAAAAGUUCAUGUCGAUAGACUUCAGACUUUAAUAUCUGGAGCAAUCGUGGAACAGCUAGACUUCCUUCGGAUAAGUGAAGAGGAAGAAAUUCCGCAGUUCCAAGGUUUGGAAGAACUAGAAUUUCCGAAACAUUCAAAAGUGAAGCGCAGGUCAAGUAUAGCAAGUAUUCCAAACGUGGUGGAACAUUUGGAUAUAGAUCCGGCUAUGUGGAUGUUUAGGUCAACAGCGGAUAUCCUCAGUAAACUAUCUGAAUCCAACUCACUUGCCACGCAAGCUGUGCUCUUGAGCAUUUUGCUGAAGAGUGAAGGACCUAAUUUCAUAACUGGAGAAGGUACCCUCAGCUUUUAUAUACAUUCGAUGUAUCAACGCUCGGGCAGCAGAAAAAACUGGUUGGCUCUACGAUACAGUGCUGCAUAUUUAAAGCUGAUUGCUGCCUCUAUAGCCCCAAAUAUUACCUCUCUGCUGGUACAUGGGAAGCAGGUGACAAUUGGGGUAUUUGGCCAAGAGGAAGAGGUUAUUUCAAACCCCCUAUCUCCAACGGAAAUAAAGAACAUUGUCUAUACUAAGUGCGCCAAACAUGAUGUACGGGACGCGGUCCUUCAGCAAGAACUUGUCAUCCAUAUCGGUUGGCUUAUCUCCAAUUCUCCAGAACUCUUCCAUGGCAUGCUGAAAUUUAGAAUUGGAUGGAUCAUCCAUGCUAUGGAACAUGCUCUUGCAGCCCGAGGUGGAGAUCUACCUGCAGAUUAUCUGUACCAGAUGUCGCCAAGUGAUGUUAAAAAGCUUUUACUGGAUAUUCUGCAGCCUGAUGAAAAGGGAAGGUCAUGGCUGAACAGGCGACAUCUUGAUGGCUCUUUAAACCGCACUCCAAAAGGUUUUUAUGACAGAGUCUGGCAGAUUCUGGAGAGGACGUCAGAGGGCAUCACAGUAACUGGGAAGCACCUGCCCCAACAACCAACUUUGUCAGAUAUGACCAUGUACGAGAUGAACUUUUCUCUCCUGGUUGAAGACACUUUGCAGGACAUCAUACAGCCAGAAUAUCGGCAGAUCAUUGUGGAGCUGAUCAUGGUGGUCUCUGUGAUGUUGGAACGCAAUCCUGAACUGGAAUUUGUAGCUGAAGUCAACUUGGACAAUCUGGUCAAAGACGCUUUUGAUGAAUUUAAGAACGACAAAGUCAGGCUGGAACAUGUUGAGGUUGAAAGCAUGCAAGACUUCUACCAAACUCCUCCAACGGGAAAGAGAGGGACAGCCAGCUACCUGAUGAAAGCUGUGAUGAACACAUUACUUGAGGGUGAUGUUAAGUCAUCCGUGGAUGAUCCCUGUGUGAUCAGUUAAAGAUGCCAAACUUGAGGAGUCUGCAUGUUAAUGAGAUUUGCGAUGUGUGUGUGUGAAUGCAUGUUAUUACCUCGAUGCUUCUCAAUGUAAUCAGACGCACAUACAUAGUAUUCUCUAGAAAUAAGGUCAUUUAAAUGUUGGUGCAUGAUUGUGCGAGAGAGGUUUAUAUUCAAUAAAUUGAGACAUUAAUUUAUAUUUUAGCACAGUUUAGUGAGUGUGCCGCUGUUUAUGGUUAUUGGGCGUCAAAUGUUUAGAAUUUGCAUGUGAACUAAUGUUACAAUAUAUAAUUGUUAAAUAAAAAUGGGAUGUUUCAAACU